CAGCGCGCACGCAUUACCCGCGUGGCUUAUCUUCCUGACUCGCUCGCGGGACCAAAACGCCUGCAGCUGAGCUCGCGCUGUAAUCAGUGGCAACUGGAAAUGGACAGCAACAACGGAGGAGCCGUAAAAGCGUCUUGCAUAGAUAUGAAACGUCCCAAGAGCCCUGACUGGCUGGACGGCAGCCCUGCCCGCAAGAAUCAGGAGGGGCAGGAGGAGGAAGAGGAGGAGGAGGAGGAUGAAGAGGAGAGGAAGGUGGGAGCAGGAUACAGGGCCAAACGGGAGCGACGUCAGAGCAGCAGCAGCGGCAGCAGUCCCACUAUGUGCCAGGUGUGCAACAUACAGCUCAACUCCAGCGCCCAGGCCCAGAUCCACUACAGGGGGAAGACGCACCAGAGGAGGCUGCGCCGACUCGCAAAGGCUGUCAGCACAGGUGCACUGUCCCAGAGUCAGGUCCACCCGCUCCUGGGGUCCCUGCCUCUGCCAGGUCGAGCCCUCCAGCCGCAGACUCAUGCCCAACUGGAGCACUUUCUGCCGCUCAGAGUCAACGGCUCCUCGCCGCUCAGCCUCUUCCCCAAUUUCAACACGAUGGACCCAGUGCAGAAGGCAGUGAUCAACCACACCUUUGGCGUGGCCCCGCCCAAGAAGAAACCUAUCAUCUCCUGUAACAUCUGUCACCUGCGCUUCAACUCCACUACCCAGGCAGAGGCCCACUACAAAGGUCACAAGCAUGCUCGCAAGCUAAAGGCAUUGGAGACCCAAAGGAACCGGCAGAGGAACGGACACAGUCCAUCCACAACGGGAAAAGACAGAGAGAGGGGGAUGAUGGGAGGAGGAGCGGUGCCAACAGACUCACAUGUGAAAGACAAAAAAGGCCCAAGCACCUCCUCUCAACCUGCACCCCAGCAAACUGAAAACACCCAGGGGAGUUCACUGGCAGACACUCCUUCCUCGCAGCUUUCAUCCACGGACUCCUCCUCCGCACGCCGCUCUCCUCAGCUGUCCCCACAAGUCCCCCCUGCCUCUCAGCUUUCUGAUCUAGCCUCAGAGAGUCCCCAUGUGGACGGGAGCAGCCCGGCCACCGGUUCAGCCCCACGCUCUGACCUUCAGGGAAGCGCCACGGGAGGUGAGGAGGAGGUGGCGAAGGUGGACGAGGCUAAGGCAGCCAAGAGCAACAAAAAACAACAUCUUCACUGUCCUACGUGCAAAGUUACGGUCAAUUCCAGCUCCCAGUUGGAGGCUCAUUGUAGUGGCUCGAAGCACAAACAGAUGCUGGACGGUCAGAACAGCAGCCACUCACAACGCAGGGUUAAGAUUACAUCAUUGCCCAGACCCACCUGUCGAAUUAAGCAGCGAAUGGGCAGCAAGACCAGAGCGGUUGUUGGUGUAUCCAGCCAGCCCUUUCACUGUGAAUUGUGCCAGGUGUCUGUCAACUCAGAGACACAGCUGAAGCAGCACAUGAACAGCAGGAGACAUAAAGAGCGUUUGGCUGGGAAGCCUGUCAAGGCAAAGUUCACCCCCUACAAUAAACUACAGCCCAGUGCUGUCUUAGCGACUAAACUGGCCCUGCAGAAGCAGCUGUCCAAGGCCCUGCCAGCAGGUUUCCUGACCAGCCCUCUCAAUCCAGCUGCCUUGUGCACCAUGGCGCCCGGACCCUUGGCACUACGGCUGCCAUCAGGUCCCACAGCCAUCAUACAGGGUCCCCUGAUCAGCCCCACGCUCUUCAGGCCUGCCCCAGGACCUCUGAGGGCCACACAUGCACCCAUUAUCUUCUCUCCUUACUAGCAAUGAGCCAAACUAGGAUGGAUGACCUACAGUAGAGUGGACCUAACAGGGCCAAAGCUGGACAAAGCAGGGGACCCCUGAGUGACAACAGGACACUAUGCAGCAACAGCAAGGGCAGCAUAUCAGCAUGUCAAGUUUGGCAGGUUCAAGACAUGAGAACAGUAUGCACAAUCCCCUGGUGCGGAUCGAGAUAUCAGCGCUGACUGACCAGUGUCUCACUCCCUUAAAAAUGGAAAGACCGGGGUGUCGUGGUAGCGUAGUGGUCUAAGCAGGCGCCCCAUGUGUAGAGGCUACAGUCCUCGCUGCAGUUGGCCCCGGUUCGAAUCCCGCAUCGGACGGCCUUUCGCUGCAUGUCAUUCCCCCUCUCUGCUUCCCCGUUUCCUGUCUCUCUCCACUAUACUAUCAAAUAAAGGCAUAAAAAGCCCAAAAAAUAUACUUAAAAAAAAAAAAAAAUGGAAGGACCAUCACUCAGCUGUUUCCUCUCAACAAACUGUUGAGUGCAUGUUCCCCGGGGUCAGGACCCCUCUGGAAGCCAUAAUGACAAGCAUUGUUAGUUUUACUUAUAGGACUAUAAUAGACAAAUACACUAGGGUGUGUAAAUGUUACUAAGUGUUUGUUGCCAAAAUUCCUUCAUUUUCAGAGUUUUCUAGUAUAAUACUUCAUCCCUGCAUUUGUUUUCAUAACCAAAUCUAAAUGAGGAAAAUCCAGAUUGUGUUAAUCUCCCAUGGCUCCUUCCAUAUAACCCCCUCCACCUGUGAAAAGACAAAGGAGAUCCAUAUCUUUGGAUUGCUGACAAUGUUGCAUCUCAACAAAUGUAUGUCAUCAGCCAUUGCCUGAUGUGGAUGCCUUUUCUUUAUAGUUUAUUUAAGAUAUAUACACAUUCAUUUUUUGCUCUCUUGCUCUCUGUGUUAUGAGGUGACAAUCAACCACCGCCAUGAUAAUGAUGCCAAGAAUACUUGCUAAAUGGAGACAGACUUACAUGUAAUGCAUACAAUGACAUUAUUUAGUUAAAAAGAAACUUGCAUUUCUUUGACAUGAGCCAUUCUAACAUCUUCAGGUGACAGUUAGAUAAAUGAUUUAAGAUUUUACAACAGCUUGAUGCUGUUUGUGCAAUAUGAAGCGACGGCCUGAUUUGUGCUGUUGUCCAAAAUUAAAAAAGGUAACCACAUUUUUAAAUGUGUCUUUAUUAAAUGUGUCUUUUUUAUAGAGUUGUAUUGAAAAACUGUGUUCUUUCAUUUCAGAAAUCCUUCUCUCACCUGAUUGUGCUGAAUCAUCCUAAGCAAUAUGUAUUUUUGAAUUGUCACCUGGUGAAAUUGAUUAGUGUAACUGUGCAUCAACUGCAAUAAUGUAAAUUAUUAUGUGCUAAAAUGUCAAUACUGUAUUCUAUAUGAGCUUAUAAAUAGUACUGUUUUUUUAAA